UAAUUUUUCUGCUAAAACUCUCUCUCUCUCUAAUUAACUGCUCUAGCAAUGAGAACGCCAUGGACUGAAACUUUCCUUCCGACGAUCGCUAACCGCAUCGCCAAUUUGGAGCUGCAGCAGCAGCUUUAAAUCCAACGCCAAAGUGGCGUUUCGAUUUCACCCUUUCCUCAACUCCUUCCGGAGCACCUUCAGAACAAACAGAUUGAAGAUUCCUUCUCCGCAGCAGCAGCAGCAGCAAGAACACUCCUUUUCUGUCUCCGACCGCCGCCAUAAAACAACUCCGAUCCUUGAGUUGAGGAGUGGAUUCCAUUGGUGUUCAUUACUCCAUUUGAGGGUCAAAAUGGAAAGGAUCUGGAAUACUGAUAGAGUUUGUAGUUUUCGGUUAAUCAAUGUAAGGAUUAUGAUCAGAUCAUUUCUCACCUUCAUUUUAGCUACAUUUAUUUGGUGUCUAUAUCUGUCCAAGUCCUCUCAUCCAAUUCUGAAGGUCUAUAAGAUUCCCAAUUCAGAUCAUGCAGAAGAAGAGAAUAAAUGCAAUUUCUUUUAUGGGAAAUGGGUAUAUGAUGAAACCUACCCUUUAUACAAUGCCUCUCUUUGCCCUUUUGUGGAACAAGGUUUCAAUUGCUUAGCUAAUGGAAGGAGAGAUAUAGGUUAUCUCAAAUGGAGAUGGCAGCCUAAUAACUGCAAUAUUCCAAGGUUUGAUGUAAGUAUGAUACUUGAGAAGCUUAGGGGGAAAAGGGUUGUGUUUGUGGGCGAUUCCUUGAGCAGAACACAAUGGGAAUCUAUGAUAUGUAUGCUUAUGACAGGAGUGGAUGAUAAGACAAGUGUUUAUGAAGUCAAUGGGAAUAAGAUUACCAAAAAGAUAAGGAAUUUGCGAGUUCGUUUCAGUUCCUAUAAUCUAAUGGUGGAAUUCUAUCGGUCGAUUUUCUUAGUUCAACCUAGUACGUUUGUGUCGAAACGUGCUCCUAAGAGGGUGAAGUCGUUGAUUCAACUUGAUAAGUUGCAAGAUACUAGUCAUGAAUGGUUAGGUUCUGAUGUAUUGAUCUUCAAUUCAGCCCAUUGGUGGACACCAACCAAACUUUUUGAAAUAGGAUGCUAUUUCCAGGUGGGUGGAAAAAUGAAACUAGGGAUGCCUAUACAAGUUGCUUAUAGAACAGCACUAGCAACUUUGGGGAAUUGGCUUGAAAAGAAUAUUGAUUCAAAGAAGACACAAGUGUUCUUUAGAACUUUUGAGUCUGCUCAUUGGAGUCAGCAGACCUGCAAUGUUACAAUGGAACCAUUAUCGGAAGCGAAUGGAAUGGAAAAUAAUCCGUUUUCAGAUAUUAUAAGGGACACGAUGAAUAAUUUGAUGAUACCGGUUAUAGCUAUUCAUGUAACUCCAAUGAGUGCUUUCAGGAGUGAUGCACAUGUGGGUACAUGGAGUGAUAAUCCAAUGGUUCCCGAUUGUAGUCAUUGGUGUUUGCCUGGAGUACCCGACACUUGGAACGAAAUUCUUUUUGCUUAUAUUUUGAAGCCUGACAAAAUGAAGAGUUUCGACUAUUGAAGAGAACUUUUGUAAGUGCUUUUACUUCUUAUACCUAUAUAUAUAUAGUUUGGCUAACCUAUUCAAAAUAACUUGCUUUUAGGUAAUAGUAUUGAUGAGUGUGUUGUUUGGUCUUACACUUUCAUUUGGUUUUGUCUUUAUUUUUAAACUGUCAAUACUCAAUAGGGAUGGAUAUAUUAGAAGAUUCUUUAUAUUUGUUCUUUUGAUUGAACAAAGACCUUCAUUGCAAAGAGAUGACCAAGUAACUAGUCCAUUCCAGUCUGCCGGUUGUUGAAGGAUCUUUUGAUGAAGAGUUGAGAAUCCAACAUACUGCUAUCUUUAGCAGAAUAUACCUGAAUUUAAUAGAUCUAUUGGAUUUGAUUUGAUUCCAGCAAAGAUAUAUAGUUAAUGUUGUAUAUAUAUAUGUUUUUUAAUGUCAAUUGUAACUAGAUUUUUUUUUUCUUUCAUCUAAAUUGUCACACUUUGGAGAUCCCUUACCAGUUGAUGAUUGAUAUGAUAUCAUUGAGGUUAAUUUAUUGUGA